GUCCCCUUAUCUCCCCACCGCCAUCUGCACGUGUGGAGACGUGUGCGCCAAGUUAAGGAGGGCGAUGAGAGGCGCAAACUCGGACGCAAACUUCCCUCGCACGUCUUCGCACCACGACUAAACCAUGAUGUCCGCUGUAGACGCCGGUGCGCCCCCGUAUCACCAGCCCGCCCAUCAGCUCCUCAACUGGGUGUACAUGUCGCUGCAGGACGCGCCGAGCCCCAGCAGCGAGUUUGGAGCCGACUCUUCCUCCGAUGAGUCCAAACAAAGUGCGGGGGACACGAGCUCCAGCUACAUCGGCGACUUUUUCCAACUGAGAAACCAGACUCUGGAUCUGUACGGGCCCUGCUCUCCUCUGGACUCUCUGAACAACCUGGUGGAGGGUCUGUGGUCUUUAUCAGAUCAUUUCUCAGACCUGUCCCUGAGUCCGGACCCCCGAAAACCAAAGAGACCCCCUCCAAACUACCUGUGCCACCUGUGCUUCAGCAAGGGACACUACAUCCGGGACUGUCCACAGGCUCGGCCCAAAGGAGACGGUCUGACUCCGUACCAGGGCAAGAAGAGGUGUUUUGGGGAAUACAAGUGUCCCAAGUGUAAACGGAAGUGGAUGAGCGGAAACUCCUGGGCCAAUAUGGGGCAAGAGUGCAUCAAGUGCCACAUCAACGUCUACCCUCACAAACAGAGACCCUUGGAGAAACCGGACGGACUGGACGUGUCAGACCAAAGCAAAGAACAUCCUCAACAUCUGUGUGAAAAGUGCAAGAUCCUGGGGCACUACUGCAGACGAGACCAGUGACACAUCUGCCCAAAAUGUACUUAUCUGUCUGUUCUGACCUGGUUCGUUGUUAAUAUCUCUUUAAUUACUCAAAUCAAUCAAAAAGGUCUUGUUAGUUGUACUUCAAGACACAGGAUUAGUUGAGACUUUGCCAUGACAUCACAUUGUGGGUGCUCUACAUGUAUGUGUAUUGGGGAAAUGUUCACCAGUUACCAUGGAGACACAAUGGAAACAUUUAUUAUCGCUGCCAAAAAAGGUUUUAAGAUGAAAACUCAGACAUUUUCAGGAGCCUGAGAUCAAUACGAGCGUUCAUGGUCUCGUUUAGGACUUUGAUUUUCAAUAAAAAGGUGAGUGACUUUGAGAAAGUGUUGGCUCACCUGUUGUAGUUCCAACUAAGGCUACGUUCUGACUGCAGGGCUUAAUGCUCAAUUCAGAUUUUUUUGUGAAAUCUAAUGUUUUUUCGAGGUCGUUCACAUUUCCAAUUAAAUGUGACUUGUAUGUGAUCUCCAGUGUGAACAUUAAGCGGCCCAAAAGUGUCCCGCAUGUGCACUGGAGACACGACGACGUCACAAACAGCGAGCGUGCUCUGUGUUUACGAAAGUCGCCUAAACGCUGGGCUUGUCUCCCAAAAUACGGCCCUGUUCAUCGUAAAAUGGACAGGUUACACGUCCACAGCCGCUUUGUUUGUUUGAGUCUUUAUCUUCCUUGUAUUUGGCUCACAGGCUCUUUAUAUUGGAGUCAGGACCAUCUUAGUCGUGCUCGAAUAUUUCUUUGGUAAUUUCAAAAACCGCCCGGUUCCGAUAAGAACCCUCCAAUUUGGCCUGAAUAUAGUGAUUCCCCCAAAUAUUAAUAAACUCGUUAACCUCACUUUUCCUUCGUUGACGAGACUCUGACCUUGACGUGUAGGUGGGAUGAAUGUGACCUGGCCGUUCAGCCUGAAAUCACAUGUCAAAAAAUCGGAUAUGUAUCGGUUUCAGGAGCACAUAUCCAAGUGUCCUGGGUCGCAUUUGAAAAAAUCGGAUCUGUUUCGUUCAAACUGUCAUUAAAAGAUCAGAUACAGGAGCAUAGGGGCGAAAAAAUCUGAUUUGGGUCACUUCAGGCUGCAGUCUGAACGUAGCCUAAGUCGUCUUUGUGUUAAAAUAAAGCUCACAUUAAAGUCGAACAGAGCCUCAGACAGAGCAGUGCCUUCAGUUAGCGUCACACCCCCAGGCAAUGUUGAUGCCAUCAGCUGCAAAGUAAAAAUAUUGUAAAUUUGCAAUACUCGACCAAAAAUAACAUGGUUUGACAUCUGAGUAGAGCUGAAUGAUUUUGGAAAAUAUCUUAACUGUGUUUUUGCAAUAAAAUUUCAGAUUUAUGUUUUAAUAUUUGGCUUCAAAGUUCGAGAAGAAUUGAGAAAAAGUCUAAAUGUUUGUACAGAAAUAAACUACAGUGUUAACAGUUUACAAUAUUUCAAGAACUGGUUGUGUAUUAUAUGAUAUUUGAAAGGCGUUUAUUGUGUUUGUUAUAAAAAAUGCAACUGUAAAAUGAAAAAAAAAAAAAAAAAAAAAGUCAAAGAUUAUAGAAACAAGUUUACAUUUUUCAAAUUUGUUCACCUAUAUCUCCUUAUUAUGUUAUUGGUGGUGUUAAAGGUGCACUGCGUAACUUUUCCGAUGGAGGGUCUGCCAAACUGUUGCUACAGAAUUAUUAUUGCUUUGCCUGGAAUGUUCCGUGGUGUGACUUUAAACUCUUCCAUCUAAUAUUUAUCCAUUACAGGUGUUUCUAUUGCUCAAAAACACAAUACCGUAUUUUUUUUAACUAUAAGUCGCACUUUUUUUCAUGGUUUGGGUGUUUCCUGAGACUUAUACUCCGGUGCGAUUUACAUAUUAAAAAUUUUCACGCUGAAGUCUCCAGAGGUUCUAGUCUUGUGUGUGAGUAUCUGCUGCUCCUGUUCCUCCUGUACCACUGUCACUUGGCUCUACUGCGCAUGUCUCCUGCAGAAAGAGCAUCUGUCCUGUCUGUAUCAUGUCAGUCGAUCGCACCGUUACUUCUGCACCACUGAACAAUUUAACAUUUAAACAAACUUAUAAAGACACUGAGAAAACUGAACACAAAUGCCCCCAAAAAGAAACUCGGAUUUCGCAGAUUACAAACUGCAAGUAGAGAAAUCUGCAGCUGAAAAUGGUAAUCAAGCAGCUAAAAGAAAGUUUGGAGAGAGAAACUUGUGACACCAUGAAACUUUCCUGAAGUCACUGGAUGGAUGGACAAAGUCUGGACUUCAGUGACACCGAAAUCAUCCUGUCGGGAUUCAGAAAGACCCGAAUAAUUCUAACUGAAACUGAUGCUGAGUCUGACGACAGCGACACAGAAGAGGAAGCGACGUCUGUUUACCUCCGGAGGUCGAGGAGUUGCUCAGAAGUGACACCGAGGAUGAAGAAUUGAAUGGAUUUAGUGAUUUGGAGUGAGAUGGAGAGUUUGUUAAACUUGUUCUGUUCUGUUGUUUAUGUUAUAGUUUAUCUGAAGAACUGUUCAUAUGUGACGUUAACAGUCUGUUGUUCUCUCUUCUAUUGUUUUUACUAGAACUUGACUUUAAGAUGAAAUGUCGGUUCCUGGUCUCUGAUUUUAUAAAAGAAAUUUCCCCGUAAAAGUGCAACUUACAUAUGUUUUUUUCUUUUUCAUUACACAUUUUUUAGCUGGUGCGACUUAUAGUCCAAAAAAUACAGUAUUUCCUUCUGUGAAUGGGGCGACUCUCCACAGAUCUGAACUGUAAUGUAGCGCAGUGCUGUGAUCUGCUUGUCUUUCUUGUGACAGGUUUAAUCUACACUGUGGAACAUUCUGUUUCCAUGGUGACAUCAAGGCGGCAGACCCUCCACUAGAAAAUGUUACGCGACGCGGUGCAACUUUAAGACUAAAAAUGCAAUUGUGUAUUUUUAUUUUUAACUUUUUCAACUCUGAACGCAACUGUGAAGGACUUUUAAAAUAAAGUUUUGUAUUAAGCGUUUUGGUUAAUCUGUAUAUUACUGAAAUAACGUACUUUUAUGUGUAAAAUAUGCAAGUUUUGGAUGUAUCCUCUAUGCAGUAUUAGCCUAAUAGUUUUUAAUGGUACAUAAUGUUGAAUAUAAUGGAAUAAAAGACAUUGUUUGUGAUUUGAAGAA